AUGCCGGACGUCGAGGAUAACCAGGAGCAAGCAAAGAGCCACAUGAGCUCGCUACGGGAUCACUUCGAUGCAGAACUUACCGAAUCAUGGGCCGACUCGGUCCUUAUCGCCAGCAGCUUCAUCACCGGUCUCUUGGACUCGGCGGUAUUCAAUGUGUGGUCUUGCUUCGUAUCGAUGCAAACAGGUGAGAUAUGUCAUUCAUACCAAUUGACUUUGAUGACUCACAUUGNNGCAGGUAACACUCUCUACCUCGGUCUUGGUGUUUCUGGUCAACCCAAGUCAUCACCAUGGCGUUGGGCCAAGUCAGGAAUGUCCAUCGUCUCAUUCGUGAUGGGUGCAUUCAUCUUCAGCCGAUUCAUGAAAUAUCUUGGACCUCUUCGAAGAAGCACGAUGGUAUACUCCUGGUUGAUCCAGGCCGUACUGAUAUUCAUUUGCGCCGCCCUUGAGUAUACUGGUGUGGUUCCAAACAAUGCAGGCGACGUCUUGCCCGACAGCUUCAUCGUUCUAUUGCCUCUAGGUCUGUUGUCGGUCCAAUCCGCCGGACAGAUGGCCAUGUCAAGAAUCCUUGGUUACGGAGAAGUAACCAGUGUUGUCCUGACGAGCUCUUACUUUGACUUUGCUUUUGACGAUAAAGUCUUUGAUGGACCGACUCGGAAUGUCAAGCGCAACCGCCGAGUAGGGAGCAUGCUCAUGGUGGUACUAGGUGCAAUUGCCGGCGGUUUUUUGACCCAGGACGAAGACAUUUCCAAAGUCUUGUGGUUCGCCGGAUCGCUCAAAGUGGCAAUCGCAGUCUUAUGGGUCUUCUGGAAGUCAAAGGGAUCCGUCAGGUUGGAUUAG